GUUCGCGCAAGCGUGUUUUCGGCGUCUAGCUCGAGCAGAUUUUCCCCUUGCCACCCUGUAUAGCCCGUGACCGGGAUACGAUACCAACAGGUGAUGCUGGAGGAGUAGAGACACUCCCUCAAGCGGCAUCGUUGAUCGUCGUCCCCCGAGUCCUGAUCCUGACGGUGAUUUAGUAGCAUUUCCAGCCGUUUUUCCUUCUCCGGCGAACAGCCAGCACCCAUCCAGGGUGAACAAGGACAAGGCUGGGGGACCGGAUCUCGUUAAAGAGACGCAGGAAACGAUGAACAGAGAAGAAAAUCGUGGCGGUUAAAACAUUGACGAUCAGCGUCGCGUCUUCGAUCAUCGCGCGAUGAUUUAGUGAACGAUUCAGUUUCCAUCGGUUCGGUGUUUUUUUUCCUUUCUAUCUAUUUCAGUUUAUACGUAAAACUUGCUGUCAAGCACUCUGUGAUACCUUAGGAGGCACUGAAUAUACCGCCAGAAGGAUCAACCUUCGAUAAACCGACAAAUAUCUACUCUGCUUGGCCGCUUUAAAAAGACCUAGUGAUCGCGCUUUCCACCUCGUGCUUUCUACGACGAAGUUCGAAAGUUGUGAGCAACGCGUGUCUCGUAAGGUGGUUGAAAGGGUGGGAAUCGUUUUCCGAUGGUGGGACAGAGAAGAGUUACGAUCCGACGAUGAUCCAGUGCAGAUUUAGUGGCUUCCUUCCGCGAUGAAACGCAGAAUCGUGUGAGAAAAGGCAGGAGUUAAGCGGACCAUAAAAUUUAAUUCCAUUGGACUCGUUUUAAGCGAAUGGGAGUUAGGCGAGUAAAACACAUCCAUUUGUUGAUUACUCGAACAUAGUAAACCCGUAAAAAAAUAAAAAUAAAGACAAACAUAACUGAAAAAUAGUACUGCAAAAGAGACGGAAGAGAUUCAAUAUUGCCGUAUCGAUGAAGAAGUGAAGCUUAUAUUUUGCAAUUUUGUCUCAUAUUCUACGAGAGUUUAAGAAUUUGAAUGGAUACAAAGAUCAUAAACAUCUCAUCGAGGAAAGAAACCUGCAGGAUAUUUAUAUCUUGAAAGAUCUCUUGAGGUAUUUCUCAGUAUUUCUACGAGAUAAAUAACUGUCUCUCUUGAAAUUUAUCGCAAAAAUAUUAAUGAUAUUAUUCGAAUAUUGUCUUCAAAAACAGAUAUAAAUCAUGUUUCUGCAUUCUUAUUAAACCACGAACAAACAGUUUUCUUCCACCUUCGUAGAUUUUAUACAAAGGAAUAAAUUGAUGAUAAAUAUCAAAAUUCCUUUCUAAAAUCUUCAAGUUAUUAAAUUAAACUAUUAAAUUAAGAUAUAAGAAUUCUAUGGAACCAAGUGUGAAACAAAAAUAUGUACAGAAUAUUCAUACGUAUAAUGAAUAAAUAAGUACAGUGGGCAUAAACAGUGCGAAGCCAUAAAUAAUACAAAUACAAUCGAUGCAAAUAAACAGCAUCUGGAAAAAAAAAUGACUCUGGUUCAUCUGAUUAUAUUAUAAUGUAACGAAAUUCCCGUGCAAUUUAAUCUACGAUAAAUUGCUAAAUAAGAUCGACGUGUCUAAGUAUUAGCUAAGUAAGUAGCUUUAGGAAGCUAGUUAAUAAUAAAAAAAAGACGAACUUUCAUUGUAAUACUCGUCAAAAAAAUUUGCAUAUUGUAAGAAAAUACAACAAAAUUCCUAUAAAAACAUUUAAUUAACACAGCUCUGUUGAAUCGAAUUCGAAAAAAGAAAAGUUAUAUUCGUAAGAAAGGAAUCGUAGAAAUGAUCGAGAUAACACUCGCAUGAGUUAUUGAUGAAUUAGCUUGGCUCUCAAUGAAACUUUUCCCUCGACCAAACACGAUAUGACAUCUGAGUUGUUCUUUCGUGGAAAAUACAUGUUCGAUCUGUGAAAACAGCGCGCUGCAACGUAAUUAGAAUCAUUUACCGGUAUACAGACGAGAACGGUGUGCAUCCAUUAAAAAUAUCAGACAGAAGAGACGUUUCAAAGCGGGUCCAGACGACCGACUGAGGAAAACAUUCGAGGGUAUUUUUCAAAAGUUCAUCCGGUUGUCCCAGUUACAAAAUUAUCCUGUAACGCGAACUCGAAUCGAUACUCCCAAAAUUGCGAAGGGAGGUGUUGGAAAGAAGAAACUGUUGAAAGGAACGAGACAAAGUAUACGCGACGAUAUCACGGAUAGAUCGACGAGUGGAGUUGUUUCAUGAAUGGAAUUUACAUGGAAGCUAAUUGGUGUUUGCUCUGUGGCUCCACACAGCCUGCUUAAUUACAGAAUUAAGGAGACAUCGUAAAGAGAGCUCGUUGAAAUGACAAACGCGGUUCAAGAACUAUGGUCUAAGUACAUUUUACACUCGUCUCCGAGCCGAGGUUUCUCGCCCGGGGUAAUUCGCAUACCUAUACCACGUGCUGGAAUAAAAAUAAAGCGCAGUCCCGUCGGUACGAGUCCGCCAACUAUCAUCCCGUGAAUUCACAAUAGUUGAUUGUAUUUUGAUGUUCAUACGUUCUACAUACAUAUAUAUGUAAACAUAUAUCUGUGAUCGCGAUUGGACGUAACCAUGCGACUUAUAGUGCUGUUCACAUUUCUUUGAAAAUUUAUGACAUACAGACUAUUUCGUUGUACAAUCAAUUUCAACGGAGUUUCGAAGAGAGAAAAUGGUACAAGAGACACACAAACACACUGGUCGUUGAAAGAAAAAAUAGAAGAAGAUGCUGCGAUAACAAAUCCGAAGAGGCAGGAAGGAACGCAAAAUGCCCCAAGGAAGCAUUCACUGGCAAGGGACGCAGAGAAGAGCCUGCGGUCCAGGAGCUCACUGGAAUGUACAGGUGGUGAGAGGCAAAGUGACAACGCGGUGUUUGUGGUACGCCUGCAAAGCUCUCGGAAUUGGUCUACUACUAAUGCUUUUAGGAGCUUGCAUGGCGACUAUAGGAUACUUCGCAGAUCAACUGUCCGUGGCACAAGAAAUCAGAGGUAAUCUAACGAUAAGAGUGAAAAACGAAUCACGUGGGUUCCAUCUAAAUAACCUCAGUUAUGCUGGUCCGAUCGUAAUGGGAGUAGGAGGUUUUAUCGUAGUAGCAGCCUGUGUAAUGACCUUCGAGGCUCGUGAUAACGCUGCCAAAGUGGUGCCGGCCCGUUUUCGCUUUAAUCAAACGUCGACAAUAAAAUACACGAGAAAUCAACGGAAUCGUAGGUCUACAUCUAGUCAAACGACCAAAUGGGAUCACCAACUCGGUGUAUUCAAAGUAAACAGAAGUCCAAGUCCAAGCAUACACGAAGUCUCUAGGAAACAAUUGACCGCGGAGUUCUUGCAAUUCUCUAAAGAACUGAGCGAGAAACAGACUGGGCACUCAAUUAAGAAAAGCCCCAGUGCACCAACGUUAAUUGAGAAGAAAUCACCUCGUAAAAGAACACCGAAGUACGCUGGAUGCGCGUUAUUAAAUCCAGAAUUGUUACAGAGGCAUGCUCUUUCUGUUGAUAAUCCAAGCUACAGUCCUCAUCAGGUCAGCAGGGAAAGUUUGGAUCAACAAAAAAUGGGAGGCAGCCAAGUUUCAAUGGCGAUGGAUUUGCACAUUCCUAAUAAAGGUCCAGUUACAUUGAAAGUUAAAGAUAGAUCGGAUACCGCGAGACGUCAUCAACUGCUUCGGCAAACGAAAGUUGAUUAUGUCGAAGAAGUUGAAGAAGCAGUUAAAUCCCCGACGGGUCGUGGUUAUUCGCCUAAGUUAUCAGGUGCCUACAGCAAAUACCCCGACGAUUUUGUACCGAGAAAAAGAAACUCGAUAGACAUAAGAUUAUUUGAGGAAUUGACCGUGUCGAAAGAUCUUACAAAAAUAUCCCCCAGAGAUUUCCGUAAAAUCUCCUCGCCGAGCUUCCAUAAAAUGUCAUUUGACAAAGCUGGAAGCGAACGUAGAAUUGAAAGAAUGAUGAGCCAACGUAAAGCUAGCCUGGAAUUCAGGAAGAGUCCCGAUUUUCGCAGAGGAGAUUAUAGAAAAUUGUCAGUGGACAGAUUCUCCAUUGAUUGCACGAAAUACCUAUCUGACGAGGUGGAAAUGAGGUCAAGGGCAAGCAGUGGUGAAAAUCUAAAACGACAACGACAAGCGAAACUGCACCAUUCUAGGUCGGACGACAAUAAGAGAGCAUCUUUCGAGAAACAGCAGAAAGACGCGCAAUCGAGCAGAUACUCUUUGAACACGCAAGCCGUUAUCGAAAGUGGCGGAUCCGAAUCCGAGUUCAAGUACUUCACAGCAGCAUCUCUCGACACUGAAGAAAGUCGAGCAGACAAUUCUGACGAUAGCCAUGCAAUCGAUGUCGAUGAACCUAUCGCCGCGAAUGUAUCGUCCGAUGGACCGACUGAAGUUGAUGCCUUACUUGAGGAACCUGAAUUAGAAAAUGUCCCGGAGAUAGAGGUAGAAACGCCGAGGGACGAAUUGGACGAGACCGAAAUACGCAAUGAAGUUUCAUUAAUAACCGAAAAUUUGAUAUGUAACAAUCAAGUAUCGAAGAAACAAGAACAGAAAAUGAAUAUUCGUAGCGAUGAUGCGAUAUUGCAUGAUUUUGUAAAAAGCGAAGGAACUACUUUAUACAUAGAGGAUGACGAAGUUUGAAGAAACGAUACUCUCAAUUAAUGGAUUAAUUACCUAUAAAAAAAUAAUUGGAUUGCGAGAUAUAAGAGAUAUACGAUUACUUCGAAUGAUUGAAAGAAGAAAAGCUUCGCAACAGGUAAAACUGAGAAAUGUAAAGGCUGAUUGUGAACAAAUUUACACGAAUGAAUCCCAAAGUUUUGAGUGAAAAUAGGUUCGCAUUUUCCACGUUAGAUACACGUUUAGUAGGAUACUGUGAAAUUGUUUGUUGUAAAAGGUUGAUACAAUCACUUGUUAUUUGAUAACGUAUUCCUUAGAAAGGUAAAUAUUCAUAAUAUUGGAUAUGUAAGUUUAAUGGAACAUUGCGUGAAUUAGUAAAAUUACAGCCACAUUUAGGCAAGAUAGACUUACAAAUCUAGAUAUAGUUUUACGUGCAAGUUUGUUACGAUCAUAUUUUUACUUGUAAUUUAGACAAAAUUUGAAUCAGGAAUAAGUGUAUUGACUAUUAAAAUUAGAAUAAUUGCUUUUUAAAAGAUAAAUAUUUUGCUUAAUAUUAACGAACUCACUCCGAUUCUUACGUUGUUUCACUGUAUCUUAUUUUACGAUUCAUUAUAUAAUUAAAUAUUCUAUCUUUCAAUUUCGAAUUAUAAUAUACAGUAACAUAAUAUGUGCUCAAUGAUCUCAAAACAUAGUAUAAGUGAAGCUAAUAUGGCUUUUCACAAAUUGCGUUCUGUUGCAAGACAAUCAUUUUCAAAAGAACAUUAUUUUCUUGACGAAAGAAACAUGAUAAACAUAAAAGCUUGCCGCGAUAAUGACAAAUAAUAUACCCUCUUAUGUGAUCGAUCAAUCUGUACAAAAUUAACAUUAACCUAUAACGAAGGUACAUAAAAGUUAUGUUGAAAUUACGAUACAUAUUUCUACCGAGAAUAAUCAUACAAAUCUUUUACGCUGUAUUCUUUUUACAUUAUACAAUUUUCUCAAUGUUUAUGAUACGAAAAAUAAACCGAAAAGACAAUUGUAACGCGAGAAUGUUGAAAAUUAUUCACGUGAUUUCAUAUUUGGCAAUGUAUAAAAAGCCUUUCAAGUCGCUUUAAAAAUAUUUGACGUAAAUACAUACAUGCAUUUCAAAUAUUUCGAAAAAAUUGUUGAUAUGUAUUUGUAGCGAAAUUUUACUAAAAAUGUAUUUUCCAAUUUUUAACACAUAUGAUAAAUUGUAUUACCAUUACUCAAUCUAUAUUAGCUAUUAAACGACUGCUACAAAAAAAUAUAUACAAUAUAUAUAUAUAUGUAUAAGAGAAUGCGUUGGCAUUUCAAACAACGUAUUUCUUAAAUUGAAACGAUAAACGAUAUAUUAAACAAUAUAAAGAAACAAUCAAUGUAUUUAUGACAUUUAUAUAUGACACGGUUUUGUCAUAUCGUAUUAAACUCGUUUAAAUACGUAUGACGUACAAUGUUAUAUUUACACAGCAUUGAGCUGUUCCUUGUAACACAUUUGUGAAAGUGCAGUAAUUCAAAAAGAAUUAACUGCCAAAAUCUUUCUUGUUCUAUUGUUAAACGUUUCACGAGUUGAGGCCUAUUUCAUUAUACCUGCAUAAAAUAUCAAAAUCGUUCUUAAAUUCCAUGAAAAAAUACUUUUCCUUGGAUGAUAUAAUAAGAACGAAGGAAUUAAAUGAAUUUUGUAGGUAUACUCGAAUCGAGUGUAAAAGAAAAGAAAUGUAGCAAAAAUGACAAUCCAUUGACGUCGAGUGAUAUACCGUAUAUAUGUUGUUUUUUAAAAACAGAGACUUAGCCAAAUGAAUAUAAAAAUCUAUUUUUAUAUCUCUCGUACGAUGAUAUGGUGACAUUGAUAAAACACAAUUGAACAUAUUAAGUCAGCAUAUAAUGAAAAACAGCGUUCUAUAGUUUAAUUUAUUUUUAGUACGAAUAAUAUACAUAUGGAAUCAGUAAAACAGCAUUUGUACGUGUAGAGAAAUUUCUUCGUUUAUUUUUAUUUGAUAUUUUGCACUAAAAAUUGAUGAUAAAACUGCUGAGACACAUUUUCUUGGUAAACGGAAUAAAACGAGAAGGGAAGAAUUGAGUUUGUUCAGAAAACAAAAAGUUGUUUAUUAUUCGAGUUUGAAUGGACCAAUGGUUAAAGAAAUAUAAAUGUAAAAAUGAUAAAUCUCCGAUAAUAUUUGGAAUAUUAUUUCUCUGGGCUAAUAUGUCCCACCUAUAUGUACUUACUUAGGGAAAUCUUUGUUAAAUAUUUUGUGUAUAUACGUUGAAAGCUAAAAUUUAUUAAAAUUUUUAGUUAUGUACAUGUUACAAAACUGAAAUAUUGUUGAACAUUUUUUCGUAUAAUAAAAUAAUUUUUUUUAACUUUUAUGAAUAAAAUUAUUAAAAGCAUAACUUUGAAGGAACAAAAUAUCUAUAUCGUUUUUUUUAAAUUUACAUAAUAAGAAAUUUUAACUUUUGAAGUAUAAUUUCAUAUACACGAUGAGGUGCAAUGCAAUUUCAAAAUGAUGCAUUCAAUACUGGGGUUGCUCUGUUAAUUAUUCAUACUGAUAACAUGUAAAUAUACGAAAUACACAGUUAACAAUUAACAAUAAAAACAUAAUCAAGCUGUGAUGAAAUUAUAAGUAAAUAAGGGUUAAUAACAAUAGGAAAGAUUGCUUGGUAUUAUCGUUAGUGUUGCAAAUUCGGUGCAAAAUUUCAAGGUAUACAAUUGAACUCAAGAAAAGCGGAUUGUAUUAUUAACGACUUAAAGAUACUCAUGGAAUACAUGAUUAAUGUCAAUUUAUAUAUUUAUUACUAUGAAAUUUGAAAAUGUGUAGAAAGAUCAAUUUCUUAAAAGUUUAAUAAUAAUAUAUUUAGUUCGUUUCUAAUUCAAAACAUUUUGUUUAAAUUAAAGACUAUUUCUUACAGAAUUAAGAACUACGUAUGAUGAAUACUUAAUCUUUUUUUAUAUUACACGUAACAUUAUUCCUAAAUGUCUGUAUUAAAAUCAAAUGAAGGCAAUAAAUGUGCAAUAUAAACAACUUGUUUAAAAAAUGUAAUUCUUAAAGAAUCAUUAUUUUACGUCCAUGUUGUAGAGCAAUAAAGAAACAUAUCAAAAGAAUUUCCGAUUGACAAUUGAAUGUGCACAAAAUCUGUACUCAAGGGUAUCUUUUGCAGCACUAACAAUGUUCUUUGCUUGACAUAAGCGGUUUUGUUGCAAGCCAAUUGUAUAUUUAGCAAGUAUAUUGAAACAAAUGAAUAUUGUAAGAUUCUGGACUCAAUGUAACCUUUGCAUGCUGAUUGUUGUAACGUCUCAAUAAAACAACUUCGAAAACAUAA